AUGGCUGACUCGGAGCCUGUCGCCGUGAAAGGAGUACAACGUCGAGGUGCUUUACGACAGAAAAAUGUCUUCGAAAUCAAAGACCACAAGUUUGUGCCGCGCUUUUUCAAGCAGCCGACCUUCUGCAGCCACUGUAAGGAUUUUAUUUGGGGAUUUGGCAAACAAGGAUUCCAGUGUAAAGUUUGCUGCUUUGUUGUGCACAAACGGUGCCAUGUGUUUGUUACUUUUACCUGUCCAGGCGCUGACCAAGAACCUGCUCGAGAUUCAAAGGACUCCUUUCUCCUCCUCUCUUCUCCUUUCUCCUCCUCUCUUCUCCUUUCUCCUCCUCUUCCUCUCCUUUCUCCUCCUCUCCUUUCUCCUCCUUUCUCCUCCUCUUUCUCCUCCUUUCUCCUCCUCUUCCUCUUCUUUUCUCCUCCUCUUUCCCUCUUUCUCCUCCUCCUCCUCCUCUUCCCUCCUUUCUCCUCCUCUUCCUCUCCUUUCUCCUCCUCUUCCUCUCCUUUCUCCUCCUCCUCCCUUUCUCCUCUCCUCUCUUUCUCCUCUUCCUCUCCUUUCUCCUCCUCCUUUCUCUCCUUUCUUUCUCCUCCUCCUCUCCUUUCUCCUCCUCCUCUCCUUUCUCCUCCUCCUCUCCUUUCUCCUCCUCCUCUCCUUUCUCCUCCUCCUCUCCUUUCUCCUCCUCCUCUCCUUUCUCCUCCUCCUCUCCUUUCUCCUCCUCUUCCUCUUCUUUCUCCUCCUCCUUUCUAA